AGAAUUAGAAAUGAUGAUCGAAAGCAGUAGCUUGGGAGAGAUACUUCUGAAGAUUGGGAUGUUCGCACUUGUUCAAGCGCUGGUCUACUUCAUCCUCUCCAAAUCAUCCUCCAUGUUCUCCAAUAACGUCCCUCCUCGCUCCCUUAGUUUCAGACCUGCUCGCUCUCUCAGUGUACGCCGAUUCUUGGCUGCUCUCUCCGACUUACCUGCCGGCCCUGAACCAUCACCUUCGUCAAGAAGAAAAUUCUGCUGCGGCGAAUGAGUAUUUUAAACAAUCCUAGUUUCAAUUUGGGAUUUGAGCACUGUAAUUAGCUAUUUUGCU